UUUAAUAGCUAUCCAAACUUACAAAAAUAUAUAUAUAAAAGAGAUUUUACUUGUUUUAAAUUAAACGCGCCAAUUCUUUACAAACGACAGUUUCCGCGAAACCGUUUAGUGUUGACUUCCAUGGUAACCCGGAAAAGACGUCCAGAAACAAGGAAGUGUUCAGACAUCCAGCCGUGUAACAUCUGGCCAGUUCGUUUCUUCGUGCAAACGCAGACAUCACCAAUGGAGGGCCCGUCCAAAGACGAGAGAACAGAGGAAACAUCCAGUAGUGCUGCUACACCUAAAACAUCUGUGGCUGCACAAGUGCCAUUUCUUGACCUGUGUACUGUUCUUGAGAAUAUCCAGAAAGCCAAACAUCGACCAGACAAGGCCAAAAGCUUAAAGGAUUUCAUAGAUUCAUGGAGAAAGUUUCAUGCAGCUCUUCACAAAGAUAACCCCAGCACUACAGAUUCAUUUUACCCAGCCCUGCGUCUUAUUGUGCCUCCUUUUGAAAGGGAGAGAAUGGCCUAUGGUAUUAAAGAAAACAUGUUAGCCAAGCUCUACAUUGAAGUCUUAGGUCUUCCAAAAUCUGGGCCAGAGGCAAACAAACUUCUCAAUUACAGAGCCCCUACUACAUCCAAAGGAGAAUCUGGAGACUUUGCCCUUACUGCUUACUUUGUCCUCAAAAAGAGAUGCACAAGCCAGGGUAAGCUGACUAUCAAAGAGGUCAAUGACUUCUUGGAUUCAGUAGCUAUGAAUAAUGCCAGCAAACAGAAAGACCUUGUGAAGAAAAGCCUUCUACAUUUGAUUACUCAAAGCUCAGCACUAGAACAGAAGUGGCUUAUUCGGAUGAUCCUGAAAGACAUGAAACUUGGGAUUAGCAAGGAGACUGUUCUCCAGGUUUUUCACUCAGAUGCUCCAGAGCUCUAUAAUGUCACUACAGACUUGGACAAGGUGUGCAGACAGCUACACGACCCCUCUGUUUCCUUGAACGAGGUGUCCAUCGGCCUGUUUUCUGCCUUCAAACCCAUGCUUGCGGGUAUCGCAAACAUCCGCCAAGUGGAGAAACAGAUGGGGAACCAGGUUUUCUAUAUUGAGACCAAGCUGGAUGGUGAGCGCAUUCAACUUCAUAAGGAUGGAGAUGUAUACAAGUACUACAGUCGUAACUCAUUCGAAUACACGCAGCAGUUUGGGGCCUCACCACUAGAGGGUUCCAUCACACCGUAUAUCCACAAUAUCUUCAAAUCCCAUGUUGUCAGUUGCAUCUUGGAUGGAGAGAUGAUGGCUUAUAACCCUACCACAGAGACCUUCAUGCAAAAAGGCAGCAAAUUUGAUGUCAAGCGCCUAAUGGAUGACUCUGAUUUACAGCCAUGCUUUUGUGUGUUUGACGUUUUGCUUGUCAAUGACCAGAAGUUUGGAAACGAGCCUCUCAAGAAGCGUUACGACACUCUGCAGACAGUUUUCACACCCGUCAAAGGCCGGAUCCAGCUGGUACAAAACACUGAAGCCAAAACCAGGCAGGAAGUGAUAAAUGCCCUCAAUGAAGCUAUUGACAAUCGCGAAGAAGGCAUCAUGGUCAAAGACCCCAUGUCCAUUUAUAAGCCAGAUAAACGUGGUGAAGGCUGGCUGAAGAUCAAACCUGAAUAUGUUGAUGGCCUGAUGGAUGAAUUGGAUUUGUUAAUAGUGGGGGGCUACUGGGGGAAAGGCAGACGGAGUGGAAUGUUGUCCCACUUUCUCUGUGCUGUUGCAGAAACUCCAUGUCCUGGAGAGAAGCCAACAGUGUUCCAUACACUCUGUCGAAUUGGAUCAGGCUACACCAUGAAGGAGCUCUAUGAGCUUGGCCUGAAACUGGCCAAACACUGGAAAGUUUAUCGCAAGAAUAGCCCUCCGGCUGGCAUUUUGUGUGGAACAGAGAAGCCAGAGGUUUACAUCGAGCCAAGAAACUCUGUGAUCAUUCAAGUCAAAGCAGCAGAGAUUGUUACCAGUGACAUGUACAAAACUAACUGCACUCUGCGCUUCCCCAGAAUCGAGAGGAUCCGAGAGGACAAAGAAUGGAAUGAGUGUAUGACCUUGGAUGAGCUAAAUCAGUUCCGUGAUAAAGCCUCUGGUAAGCUGGCAUCCAGGCACCUUCACCUUCAGGAAGACGACUUGGAGAAGAAGAAACGCAAACUCACAUCCAAGCCCAAAAAGACCAUUGGCAUUGUUGACCACUUCAAAUCUCAAGACCUGUCCGCAGUCACCAAAGAGACCGACAUGUUCGAAGACGUGGAAUUCUGUGUGAUGAGUGGAAGUGGCACGCAUUCCAAAGCCGAUCUUGAGAAGGCUGUGGCCCGUUGCGGAGGCAUCGUAGUCCAGAACCCUGGAAAGGACACAUACUGUGUGAUUGCAGGAGUUGAGAACGUGCGGGUGAAGAACCUCAUCAGUUCAAACCAACAUGACGUAGUAUGGGCUUCCUGGCUCCUGGAAUGUCUGGACAGGAAACAGGUGCUACCAUGGCAACCACGACACAUGAUCCACAUGUCCCCUUCAACAAAGGAACACUUUGCGAAAGAGUAUGAUCACUAUGGAGACAGUUACUACGUCGACACAGAUGAGCAGCAGCUGAGGGAUGUCUUCAGCAGAAUGGGGCCGGAUGAAGUGGAUGCAGUGUCCAUAGCUUCAAUCGAGCAGACGUACGGCUUGGAUGACCUGUCCACUAGUAUGUUCAGACCUUACCGUGCCUACUUUGAUGGAUGUACUGAGAUCGGAAAUCCAGAAACUCUUAGUGUGGAUACGUGUCUGGAUUUUCGGGCUCUGGAAUUUCGCUUUCAUGGGGGCACGGUGGUAGGAGAACUAGAAGAAGGCAUCUCACAUGUAGUCGUGGAGGGUGAAGAGAGAUUACCGGAGAUAAAGACACACAGACGCCUCUUUACUAAGAAGUUUAAAAUCGUUCGAGAAACAUGGGUGACCGAUUCUAUUAAUGCAGGACACAUACUUAAUGACAACGAUUACCUUGUAUAAGGCAGAGAUGACUGCACAAUGUGAAACAUCACUUAAAGACUUCAUUAUCUCGAACAAUCUUCAUCCCAGCUAUUAUUGAUGCUAAAAUGAUGUCAGAUCUGGUUGUCUUUCUGCCUGAACUGUGAACGUUUUUAAUGAAUAGAAAAAUCAUUGUUUAACUAUUGUAUUUUAACUAUAGUUUUAUUUUGUAAACGAUGGCAGAUUUUAAAUGAUGCUAUUUAUUUAGACAGAAAUGUUCUAAUCCACUCAAGUCUAUUUGAACAACACUAGGAUAACAAAAAGAUUUUAUUUUUCCCGGUAGAUUCUUAAAGAAUAAGGACAAAUUAACGUGUUUUAUCUAUAAAAACUAUUGUUGUGAAUAAAGAUCAGGAAGAUGGUAUAAGAAAAUAAUUGUGUUUUGU